UUAAAAAAAAACCAAUUUCAAGCAAGACCAACGCAUUCAAUCAUUGUAUAAAUGAAUUAUCAGGGAUGAGAAGGACAAGGAUCAAAAUUCUCGCAGCAUGGACGAGGUGAAGCUACUUGGAGCAUGGAGUAGUUCAUAUUGUUACAGGGUCAUAUGGGCUCUAAAGCUCAAGGGAGUGAGAUAUGAAUAUGUGGAAGAAAAUCUUCAUAACAAAAGUGAUUUGCUUCUCCAAUACAACCCAGUUCAUAAACAGAUCCCUGUGCUUGUUCAUAAUGGAAGACCAAUAGCAGAGUCCAUGGUUAUUCUUGAGUACAUAGAAGACACCUGGCCACAGAAUCCCUUGCUUCCAAAUGAUCCUUAUGAGAAGGCUCAGGCUCGGUUCUGGACUAAGUUUGGCGAAGACAAGACUCCGGCUUUUUUCGCAUACUUUCACGCUGUUGGUGAGGAGCAAGAGAAGGCAACAAAAGAAGCCAAGGAAUUGUUGAAAAUCUUGGAAGAGCAAGGCCUUGGAGACAAGAAGUUUUUUGGAGGUGAGAAAAUUGGAUUGACUGAUAUAGCAUUUGGAUGGUUCGCUGGGUGGCUGGAAGCCAUGGAAGAGGUGGUUGGAGUUAAACUUCUGGAACCAGAUUGCUUCCCUCAGUUACAGGCAUGGAUUGAGAAUUUCAAGCAAGUUCCGGAGAUUAAAGAGAACCUUCCAGAUCAUAAUGAAUUGCUGACCUACUCCAAACGUCUAAGGAAUAUGUUUAUUGCAUCAGCAACAUCAUAGAUUUUUACUGCCUGGAGGUUGUGUUUCUUCUUCGUCUUAGAAGUCAACUAUGCUCUCCUUCUAGGAGUUUUUCUAAUUGAAAUAUCUGAUUUACUUAAAUUGGGAUUGCUUAAUGUAGAUAACUAAUUCCUUCCUAACUUUCCGACGCAUUA